AUGCUCGACAAGCUCAGCUUGCGGGAAGCCGAGGUGUGGCGGCUUAAAGAUCCAUUGAGAGAAACAAUCAAACUAUCAGCGAGUCGCUGGGAACUCCGCCGCGGCGCGUGGUCACGUGGCCCAUACUUCGCAGCACUGGGACAAAGUGACAAGCAAAGAGGCUUAUCGAAGCAAGCAGCUUCUUGUGUCAAUAAUCGUUGUGGCAUUUCUCGGGUAUAUAAAAUUGUUCACAUAACAAGGGAAAGGAGGUUGCUCUCGCUGAGAAUUACUCAGUGGUCUUCACCAGAGAUCGCUCAUCCAGGCAGAAACCCUGGUCGAUCCCAUUUGGAAGCAAAACGCAACAUGUGCACUGGAAAGCGUCAGUGCGAUCAAUGA